UCAGCACCACAAGUCAACCAUCUUUGCAAGUAUUACGUCUAGAGAGGGCUGGGUGUAUAAGAAGUAAAUCCGUUUUUUCUGCAAGCGACAAGAAAUAAAAAGUUAAUUUUAAGUCAAAAUGUCGAUGAUUUCUGCUCGUUUGGCUACAUCUGUGGCCCGCAAUUUGCCAAAGGCCGCUCAACAGAUCGCUGCCAAAGCCGCUUACCCAGCUGCAACUCUAGCUGCACGUAAACUCCAUGUCUCCAGCACACAACGCAGCGCUGAAAUCUCUUCCAUUUUGGAAGAACGCAUUAUGGGCGUUGCCCCCAAGGCCGAUUUGGAAGAGACUGGCCGUGUGUUGAGCAUUGGUGAUGGUAUCGCUCGUGUCUAUGGCUUGAACAACAUCCAAGCCGAUGAGAUGGUAGAAUUCUCCUCCGGUUUAAAGGGUAUGGCUUUGAAUUUGGAACCCGAUAACGUUGGUGUUGUCGUCUUCGGUAACGAUAAGCUCAUCAAGCAAGGUGAUAUUGUCAAGCGUACCGGUGCUAUUGUCGAUGUCCCCGUCGGUGAUGAAUUGUUGGGCCGUGUCGUUGAUGCUUUGGGUAACGCUAUUGAUGGUAAGGGUGCCAUCAACACCAAGGACCGUUUCCGUGUCGGUAUCAAGGCCCCCGGUAUCAUUCCCCGUGUCUCUGUACGCGAACCUAUGCAAACUGGUAUUAAGGCCGUCGAUUCCUUGGUACCCAUUGGUCGUGGUCAACGUGAAUUGAUCAUUGGUGAUCGUCAAACUGGCAAAACCGCUUUGGCUAUUGAUACCAUCAUCAACCAAAAGCGUUUCAACGAUGGUCAAGAUGAAUCCAAGAAAUUGUACUGUAUCUACGUUGCCAUCGGUCAGAAGCGUUCCACCGUCGCCCAAAUUGUCAAGCGUUUGACUGAUGCCGGCGCCAUGGACUACUCCGUCAUUGUCUCCGCCACUGCCUCCGAUGCCGCUCCCUUGCAAUACUUGGCUCCCUACUCUGGCUGCGCCAUGGGUGAAUACUUCCGUGACAAGGGCAAGCACGCCUUGAUCAUCUAUGACGAUUUGUCCAAACAGGCCGUCGCCUACCGUCAAAUGUCCCUGUUGUUGCGUCGUCCCCCAGGUCGUGAAGCCUACCCCGGUGAUGUCUUCUACUUGCAUUCCCGUUUGUUGGAACGUGCCGCCAAGAUGUCCCCCGCCAUGGGUGGUGGCUCCUUGACUGCCUUGCCCGUCAUUGAAACCCAAGCCGGUGAUGUAUCCGCUUACAUUCCAACCAACGUCAUUUCCAUCACUGACGGUCAAAUCUUCUUGGAAACUGAAUUGUUCUACAAGGGUAUCCGUCCCGCCAUUAACGUCGGUUUGUCUGUAUCCCGUGUCGGUUCCGCUGCCCAAACCAAGGCCAUGAAACAGGUCGCUGGCUCCAUGAAAUUGGAAUUGGCCCAAUACCGUGAAGUAGCUGCUUUCGCCCAAUUCGGUUCCGAUUUGGAUGCCGCUACCCAACAAUUGUUGAACCGUGGUGUUCGUUUGACUGAAUUGUUGAAGCAAGGUCAAUACGUACCCAUGUCCAUUGAAGAUCAAGUUGCUGUUAUCUACUGUGGUGUCCGUGGUCACUUGGACAAGAUGGAUCCCGCCAAGAUCACCAAGUUCGAAAAGGAAUUCUUGCAACACAUCAAGACCUCCGAACAAGGUCUUUUGGACCAAAUCGCCAAGGAAGGCAAGAUCUCCGAAUCUGCCGAUGCUAAGUUGAAGGAAGUCGUCACCAAAUUCUUGUCCACCUUCCAAGGUUAAACAGCAUCAACAAAUAAAUUCACACAAUAACCUACCAUCGUCAUUUAAGUAAAAAACGCGUAGUUUUAACAACAACCAAAGCUACCUUGCAUACACACACCAAUACAACAACAACACACAGUGUGUUCCAUCAUCGGUGUCGUCUCACGUUAUUCUUGUAAUUUAAAAUAUAAAAUAUCGUUAAACGAUUUCACUUAAGGCAAAGAAAAAACACAGAAACGUUAAAGCAGAUUUAGAAACAAACACUCUUUUAAAAAGAAUGAAUGAA